GGCAGACAAGUGACAUUUGCGUUCCGGCGCUGGUAAAUUAGUUUGGGUUAGGGAAGAGGAGUGCUUAUGGUUGGACGAACGUAACCUUUAUUUUGCAUUGUGUGACGAGAAUAUGCCUUCAUCUCUGUGAGUGUCAUAAUGAAAAUAUAGCUUUAAUAAUUCUUGUUAUGAAAUGUGAAUCGUGCAAAAGUAUGAGAUUGUAUUGCUGCGGAUUUAAUGGUUUCGGACAAGUGUCACCAUCGAAGCAAAUUGAUACAACAGGGUAUACAUUGUUUCCGCUCAAGAACGUAACGGAUGUUUCGUUUUCGUGGAAUUACAUGGUGGUCCUUACAGGUACAGAUGUUUACGUGUCUGGGUUUGUGGAAGAUGAAUCGAAUAUUAGAAAGAAACUUAUUUUGGGCGAUGAAGAGAGAGCGAUACAGGCUGCUUGCUCCUCUUCACGGGCAUUGAUACUUACAGAUAGCGGUGAGUGUUGGCAGUACAUUUCGUCCACAGGAGCCUUAAAAAAGCUGCCAAAUUUUGUGAAUGUUGAGACUGAGAUGUCUACAUCUGAUGAUGAGAAGGAAACCGUAAAUAAACAGUGUAGACAUGGGAAGAGGAUUCAGGAUGGAGCACUUCCAAAUUCGAGUAGUGGAGAAUCCCACCAAAAAAUUGUUAAAAUAUGCUGUGGUGAAGCUAUUCAUGUGGCAGUAACUGCGGCUGGUUGUGCCUUCAGUAUUCCAUCUCCAUUGCCUCUCACGAAACAUCGUGUGACUGCUGUUGCUUGUGGUAUAGAACAUUGCCUCCUACUGACAGAUGCUGGAACUGUUUACUCUUGGGGAACUGGCACGCGUGGUCAGCUUGGACUGGGCACAUUUGAAAACGAAGAGAAACCUUGUGAAGUGGAGGUUUUGAGUGGACUGCAUGUAACAUUUGUGGCAGCUGGUGGAUGGCAUUCUGCAGCUGUCACAUUAUCCGGUGAUUUGUACAUGUGGGGAUGGAAUAAUUCAGGUCAGUUAGGCCGACCGGCUUUUCGUAGAAGAAAAAGUGCCAAUGGCAGGCUUGAUGACUCAUCAAGCACAGCUCUUGAAAGGAAGCUAUCUGAGAAAGGGACAGCUAGGUCACCUGCUGACAAAGGUGGUGAUGUUGAUGACAGCGGUUUCUCUCAGAUUGGGUGUAGAAAGUAUGAUGAAAGCUCAGGGAUACAUAGUGAUGAAAACAAGGCAAAAAAGCGGAAAGCUGGUGCUGAUGAAGAUGAUGCAUUUAAGACUGAUGAAAAAGACAGCUCCUUUGAAAAAGAUCCGUCAACUUUAAUUGGAGUGCCAAUGCCUGUAGACUUCCCAUCUGGUAUCUAUGCCAAUGUGAAGGAGGUGGGGUGUGGAAGCCGUCACACAAUAGUACUUUUAGAUGAUGGUUCAGUGUGGGGCUGUGGUUGGAAUGCAUAUGGACAGCUAGGCAAGCGACCAAGUGUACUCCUUAAUGUUGAUGAAAUGACAAGGCUAACACUACCAUCUGCCAGCAGUAAUGGAGAGACCGGCAGUCUGAAAGUUGUAGGUGUAAGAUGUGGAGCAUGGAACUCUGGUUUGUUAGUGGAAGAUGACUUGUCUGCGUGCUGACUUUUUGUUGCUCAAAGUAUUGUACAAGAUUGUGCCAUAUUUAUUUCUGUGAUCUUAUGAGUGAUAUACUUUACAGCUUAUAAUAUUUUAAAGCAAGUCCUAAGCACAAAAUAAAUUUUUCUUUUAUUCCUAAGUUUUAUUAGGUCUGUAUGUACAAAUAUGUUGCUGAAUAAAAUAUCAAUUAAGUUUUUUAUACA